AACUCCAAACUCCUACGCUAUCUCAUCUCUGUCUGUCACUUCAAUUUCUUGUCAAGCGAACAGGACACAGUGUUAAAGUUGCAGCAUUGCACUAGAAUCCAUUUACGCUCUGUUUUCUUGUCACUUGGUUCGUGUUGUAUCGUUUGGAGAAGAAGAAUAUGGAUUCGCAGACUCCUUUCUCUCAGGCGUUGAAACGCGUUCAAGAUCGGCGUGAUUCAGUGUCAUGGACACCAACAAAGAAAGAAGGUGGUGUUGCAAUUGCAAUUGCAAGGUUGGUACCUUCCUCGCUCCAAGAAUUAGCCAUGACAAAGUUUGCAUCUGAUAUCUCAGAGAUUGCUACUACAUCUGGUUCAAUGGAAGGUGUUGUCAAGUACAUUGAGGAUCAAACUUUUUCAAUUAGGGAUUUGCCACACCAUCUUCUGGAUACACUCAUCGAUCAACUCUGGGGGGAGACUGAUCCCGUAAAGAUUGAAUUUUUAAGGGUUCUUGUAACUGGGUCGCCCAAGGAGAUUCGGGUUGUAAAUGGCUUCUGGUUGACAGAGUCGCAAAUUGAAUGUUUCCAAAACUGUGACACUGCUGAAUUGAGGGUACUCCAAAUGGAAUUUUGUGACUCGUGUAUGAUUGAGUCUGCAAUACCGGCUGUGUUGGCAAAGAAACAGCUACCUCAACUGAACAUACUAUCCCUUAGAGGUUCAGCUUAUCUUGAAGAUCAGGGAUUGAAACUGAUACUUGGCUCUUGUCAGAAGCUUGAAUCCAUAAAUCUAAGUAUAUGUCCCCAACUCACAUCUGAGGGUGUUGCUAUGCUGACUGGUCCAUGUCGAUCAACUUUAAAAGAGUUGUAUCUUGAUGAGUGUAGUAAACUCACUGGUAAAGAUAUUCUUUCUUCACUGAAGAAUCUUGAAUGCCUGGAAGUGUUAUCAAUUGCUGGUAUUGGAUCCGUUGAUGAUGAUUUUAUUAUGGAUUACACUGUUGCACGUGGUCUCAACCUGAAGGGGCUCUCUUUAAGGGACUGCAGAUUCUUGACUGAUGUCUCAGUCAAAGCUAUAUCUGAGCACUGUCCCAGGUUGCACACACUGGAUAUUGGCAACUUGAUCAAAUUGUCCGAUUUAUCAUUUGAGUUUCUCACUAAUAGUUGUCAAGCCAUGCGCACCUUGAAGCUUGAAGGCAAUCCAAUUAGUGAUGAAGUAAUUGCUGCCUUUUUGGAGGUUAAGGGAUCGUGUUUGCUUGAACUUUCACUAGAUUCCAUGGAGAAGGUUGGCCAACACACAACCUUGUCACUUGCAAAUUGUACAAAACUACAUACCCUAAAUCUUCCAAGGUGUGUAAAUAUGAGAGACUUGGAAUUGGGCUUCAUAGUAGAUAAAUGUAGGGCAUUGAGGUCUCUCACAAUUCAUCACUGCUGUAAGGUAACAAGAGAUUUCAUUGAUGGGCACUCAAAUCCCCAUCUUGAAAUCAAUUGGACAGAUCCAGAUGAUCAAGUUCCAUUGCAUAAUGAUAGGUUAGAUGAUUGAGAUUUGAGAGGAUAAUGGAACAAUGAAAAAUCAAUAGUAUAUGGUAAUGAGAUCACAUAUAGUAUCCUAGUAAUGAGAUCGCAUAUUCACCCGAAAAAUCUUUUUGUAUUGGGUAUUUUUUUGUACAUAUUAGACAAUCAAAUAAUUCUAUCGAGACAUGAUUUUAACAAUUUUUACAA